GCGGCGGGGGGCAAGGGCCGUCAGGCACGGGGGCUUCUGGGAGUUGUAGUCCCGCGGGGCUGUGCCCGGCCACCGCGCCGGGGGCAGCUUUCCAAGCACCUGUCCGCUGGGUGCGAGGCUGGAUGACUCCGUGCUCCACCGCUCCCUUCGGGGUGGUGCAGGGCAGCUGCUGGCUGGCAGGCCAACCAGGAACCGCUGGAAGAGGCACAGGAGACACGUCAAGGACUGACUUGCACUGGAGAGCUCCAAGCCUGCGUCUAUGGCAGUGCUGGGGAUGAGAGGAUGGAUGGGUAUCUUGAGCAUAGGUUUGUGUUGAAUGAGGUGAAGAUCCAUGGACUUUCAUUGCUGCAGAAUAGAAGAGCUCAGAUGGCACCACAUCAAGGAGCUGUGAACCUUGGUAGAUACUAUCUUGAGAGAAGCCUUGUGAAAGCAAAUGCAGAUAGUGCUGCUGACUCAUAGGAGAUGGACAGGAAAAGGCUACUUCCACUUCUGCUUAUCUCUGGCUUCCUUCAGCAUGCAGUUGGUGAGGACUUAGUGUCUGUCUCCACAGUUCUUUAAUAUCCUUGUAAUCAGCUUGCUCAAUGUGUCUCCACAAAAACAGCUGGGAGAUGUCAUUCAUAUAGCUGUGGAAGGCGUUAUCAGCUCUUGAGGAGACCUUCCCCUGCACACACACACUCAUACCACUCAAGGCUGGCACUGUAGCAGAGGAAGAUGGAGCUCGUAGAUCUCCUGGCAUUUUCCCCCACAGAAAUGAACAGUACAACUUUCACUCUGGCUUUGCUGGCGGUCUUCGUGGUUCUGCUGUACUGGUACUCUACCUCUGCCUUCUCCAAACUAAGCAAAGUAGGGAUCAGACAUCCUCCACCUCUUCCUUUCAUUGGAAACCUGCUCUUUUUCCGAGAGGGCUUUUGGGAAAACCAUACAAAACUCAUAAAGGAGUAUGGACCUGUUUGUGGAUACUACAUUGGUCGCCAGAUGUUUGUGGUGGUCUCCACACCAGAGAUGAUCAAGCAAAUCUUAGUGACAGACUUCAGUAACUUCACCAACAGAACUAAGCCGAAUUUGAUUUCCAAGCCAAUGCUCGACAGCAUCCUUUGUCUUCGUGAUGACAGAUGGAAAUAUGUCCGGAGCGUGCUGACCCCAGCCUUCAGUGAUACCAAACUGAAAGAGAUGACACCGCUAAUAAACCAGGCCUGUGAUGUCCUGCUGAGUAACUUGAAAGUCUAUGCAGAUUCUGGCAAAGCUUUUGAUAUCCAGAGGUGUUACAACUGCUUUACCUUGGAUGUUGUUGGUAGCGUAGCUUUUGGUACGCAGGUGGACUCUCAGAAGAAUCCUGAUGACCCCUUUGUUAAGAAUUGCAGAACAUUCUUUGAAGUGUCUUUGUUUAAGCCUCUUCUUAUUCUAAUCCUUUCUUUCCCAUUCAUAAUGAUCCCACUGCUUCGAAUUCUGCCAAACAAGAAACAAAAGGAACUGAAUGGAUUUUUUAUCCAAACUAUAAAAAAUGCAAUUGUCUUCAGAGACCAGCAAGAUGCAGCUGAGAGACGCAGAGAUUUUAUCCAGUGGAUGCUCGACUCCCGCAACUCAGCUGACUCCUUGGCAGCUGGAUGUUUUGAUAUGAUCAGUCCAGCCACCACUUCCAGCCAGGACGAGGUGCCUCCUGCUGGCAAGACCUCAUCUGAAAAGGUUCAGAAGACGUUAACGGAUGAUGAGAUAGCAGGCCAAGCUUUUCUCUUCCUGAUCGCUGGGUACGAGACUACCACUAGCACCCUGUCCUUCGCCACGUACUUGCUAGCCACCAACCCAGAGUGCCAGGAGAAGGUGCUUCAGGAAAUAGAUGAGUUCUCAGCAAAGCACAUGAUCCCUGAUUAUCAAAAUGUACAAGAGCUCCCUUAUCUGGACAUGGUGAUUGCAGAGACAUUGCGCAUGUAUCCACCUGCAUUCAGGUUCACUCGGGAAGCUGCUAAGGACUGUGUAGUGCUGGGACAGCAUAUUCCAGCCGGGGCUGUCAUCGAAACCGCAGUUGGACAUCUCCACCACAACCCCGAGUUCUGGCCAGAGCCAGAGAAAUUCAUUCCUGAGAGGUUUACAGAGGAGGCGAAGAAGGAACAACAUCCCUUUGCAUAUCUGCCCUUUGGGGCAGGGCCCCGUGGCUGUAUUGGCAUGAAGAUGGGUUUGCUGGAGACCAAAAUGACUCUGCUAAGGAUUUUGCAGAAGUUUCGAUUUAAGAUCUGCCCAGAGACUGAGAUUCCUUUGCAGCUGAAAUCAAAAGCCACGCUUGGACCAAAAAAUGGAGUCUACAUUACACUAGAAUCUCGCUAAAAGAAAAUGUACAUCCUGAAACCUCUUGGGACAGGACCCCUUGUUUAGUGACUCACUGGGUAUAAUUAUUUUUCAAAACCCCAAUGACAGGUAGGAGCCUAAGUCCCACCGAAGGUCAGCAGGUGCUGCCUGAUUGUCCUCCUAUGGGAGAGCUUCAAAUCACUUUUUAAAGCGAGGUCUGGGCUUCACAGUCACUUGGUGGUUUUAAAAGUUGCUGUGAAUAGUGUAUGUAAAGAAGCAAGCCACUCUCACUAGCUUUUCUACGUUACACUUCCUUUCACUCAUCUGUAAGAGGCUUUCUCAAUGCUCAAAUUCAGUGAACAGAGCAGGUGUUAAAUGUACACUAGAUUUACGAUAGGUUUUAAUUACCAUUCAUUAUCUGACACAUUCUGCUGAUGCACUUUUAAACCCCUACUCCAGAAAAAGCCCAAGAGGCACCACAGUUAUAGCAGAAGAACUGAAAUUCAGUGCAUUGGAUUUUAUCCUGAACUGUGCUGAAAAUCAAAGCUGAGUCUCCUGCACACCUAACCUCUCCUUAUGUCUGUAAAGUGGAAAGAGCAGCACCUUCAUGCUUUUGAAAUGUUUUGAAAUACACUUAAAUUAACAAUUUGCACUUGGCACGUUGCAUCGACACGACUGAAAAGGAAUGAAGAAUUCCCGUUUGCCAGUUAAGUUCCAGUAACUAAGACCAAAGAAAUGAGAUGGUAGCCAUUUUACUGGUUACUGAACUGAUAUUGAAAAGGUGGAGGAAAAUAAGAUAGGAAUUUAAAGGAAGCAGGAGGACUGGGGAAGAUUUAAGGGUAAUCAGAAGAUGUUGGCAUAAUGUCUGUUUCACUGCUCUGAAGCCUUUCUUUUCCAAGCGUUGCAGCUGACACCAUUGACUAGCUCAUUGACUCAAGGAAAUUAACAGUGCUGCAUGCACUAAAGCCAAUGUCCAGGGAGUGGGAUCCAAGGCGAUCAGUCUCAGCAGCUCUCUUGACUUAUGUGACUCUGGAGCAGGUCUUGUCCCAAGUGCCUCACUCCACUCAGGUGGGAUUACCAGUUGCUACAGCAACGGAUCAAUUCAAGCUGUAUGGCUGUGCACAUCAUUUUCACAGCCAGAGCAGCAGUAUGCUUCCUGUCUUCACAUUCCCUCCAUGCUCUUUCCUACUCCUCUACAAAGCCAUUCAAUCACCACACAACUCAUAGGGCACCAUACAGCAGUGACUGAUUGACUUGAAAACUUCAGGGGGCUGUAAAGCAAGAAGACAAAACCUUUAUAGGAGAUUAUCUCAAUUUGAGGGUCUUUUUUUUUUUUUUUGUUAGGUGUUGGUUGUUUUUUAUUUUUUUAUAAACAGAGAAAAAAAUCUUCUGGAAUUGUAAGGAAGCACCUUUCAGUUCCUUACAAGUAUUGACCUUCUGCCUGUUGAUAUACUCUGCUAGAGGUUUCCUUAAGUACAGCAUGUCUCUUGAUGGGAUGCACAGAGAAGUGCCAUGGCAGCAGUGGGAAGAGACUGACUGCUCAGCUUCUCUGCAAGGAUUGCUGGAAGGAGCCAUCUGUUCGCUGAUCCCUAGCUGUAGUUUCUCUCCAGCAAGCACCUUUUGCUGCCUUCUUCCCACAUGCUGCCUUAACACUGAUCAAAUUACUGUAUCUUGCUCCUGGAAGACGUUGUCUUUUUCUUUCAUGGGAUUUCUUUUUUUUUUGUUUUGUUUUCACCAGAACUGUAGAGGUAGCAGUGAAGUACUAACCUGACAUUCACGGAUUUGUUCCUGUUUCCAAGGAACAUCCCUGUCAUGCUGAACAGAAGUGCCCUGUUACAGACAGUGAUUUUAUGGAUUAGUGAUGGAGUGACUGCUAGUUGUAAAGCAACACGGUGUAUAUACUCUAAUUUCUACAUGUUAUUCAUCCCUUUUUCCUCUUGGAAAUGGUGUCCUGACAGCUGAUUUUCUGGUCAGCUUAUAUAUACAAAUGACAAAAAGUUGGAUGAUCCUUGCCUAGAAACUUCCUACCUACCUGACUGAGCAGAAGGCUCAUGCCAAAGUCUAACUAACCCAGCCAUUAAAGGCUUGUUUGUCUCCUCAAUUUUUUAUUUUUUUUUUAACCAUCUUUCUUUCAUACGUAAAUUAUCAGGUCUUUGUGUUUCAUUUUGGAAUAAUUACUGCAACCUAAAUGAAACUGGUGUGUGCUUUUCUAUGGGCUUUUCUUAUCUGAACAGCACUUAUCUUGCCUUCUUAUCUGAAUCCUGUUUGUACUCUCAGUAUUUAUCUGAGACAGCGCCACUCAUGUAGAGUAGCUGAACAACUCAUGUUUCUGGGGCUGAACAGAAUGCUAUCAUCUUGACUGCCAUGUUGACUCUGCUGGGAAAAAAAAAAAAAAAAAAAAAAAAAAAAAAAAAAAAACAGUUCUGCAGUAGCCAUAACUGUGCAUCCCAUUUUACGGGCUCAGAAAUUGCACUAAGAGUCUUUCCCAGCUACUUCUAAGUUGAACUCAGACAGUACUCAUGCAAAUAAACUCACCUGAGUGUGAGCUAAAGUCAUUAUUUUCCAGCUCCCCUGCAAAAUUUUUGGUUACCUUCUCAAAAAGGGAACAAGACCAAACUGUAGAGGCUAAACUGUAAAGGAAGUAGUAUCUGUUUUCACCUGUCAAUCUGUAGUGGUAUAGAACAGAGGAAAUAUUUUUUUUGCAUCUGUAAGUCAAGUACGUCAUCCCUUGUUCUACACGCAGGCCUAGUGAGACAGCUAGAGAAGUAAGACAGAGAACAGGAUGCCAGCUUUCCAGUAAUACAGCAAGAGCCCCAAACCAUUUCUUCCUCUUAAACAACAGCUGCUGAUAAAGCCACCAGACACUGCACAGUCUUUCAUUUUACCGGGAUACUUAAUGAUGCUGGGCCUCUCCCAGGCUGCGUGGGCUCAGCAACAUGCCUAAGGGAAGAGCUGUGUUGAGGAAACAGCCCUGCCCUGCUCUAGUCCCCUGCAAGCUCUGGCAAAAAGUGAGACAGGAGACUGACAGCAGUGCCCCAAAAAGGAACUGGUAACAGAGUAAUAACCACAGGGUGUUUGUGCCCAGAUAUACCAUGGUCCCGAAGUGAUCCUGAACAGAUUUGGCUCUAGAAGUCAAUAAUAACAAUAAUAUUAUAUAUAUAUAUGUGUGUGUAUAUAUAUAUAUAUUUAAAGUACAUUUAUAGUUGCAAAAUCAAAACAUAACCUUGUAUCCUAAAGUUAGGGAGAGUUAGCAUUUGUGGUACAAAAAUGCUUCUUUCUAAGAACAGCAGUUCAUUCUGGGGAGGAAUAAGGAAAGUGGUUUAAAAUAAUUUCUCGCCUCAGAAACAGUAAGUGUGUUGUCUUGCAUUGGUGAACUGUGGGUAUGUUUAAAAUUGGGCAUGUCUGUUUUACAAAUGGGUCUUAGUCAGUCUCUGACAUGAUAUGAAGCAAAGGCUGCUUGGUAAUGGAAAGCUUCUAUUAAAAACAUCUUCUGGGACUUUGCAAUCCAUUAUUGUAAUCUGUUGGUAUAAAAUAGUAUUUUUAAUGAGAACUGCUGAGAUGAUAGAAAACCUUUACAGUUUUGUACUUUAGUAUCCUUGGAAAAACAGAGUCAGGCAUUACAAAUUAUUAUGCUGGAUUGAUUGCAAAUGUGAAUGCUCUAUUCUAACUUGGCAUUAAACCACUGCAUUUCUUCUGUAUGUGACACUUUCUUAAAUGACCAACUUCUCAUUUCCUUUUGUUAAACGAUGUUUCCAUCUUAGACACAGCUUCACCUCGUAUCGGAGCCUUCUGUGCAAUUACAAUAGUACACAUGCCAAAAGAAUCUCA